GCCCGCCGCCUGGCCAUGAAGGGCCCCGUGCUCCUGGCCCUGCUGGGGCUGUGUGUUGCGCUGGCGGCCGGCAGGCGGGACUCGGUGGUGAAGGACUUUGACUUUGACAAGUUCUCAGGCUUCUGGUACGAGAUCGCCUUUGCCUCGAAGCUCCGCGAACCGAAGGCGAGGAAGGUGGUGGCGGUGCUGGUGGAGCCGGAGCGCGGCCACCUGGCCCUGACCACCUCCUACGAAGAUGAGACCGGCUGUGUGAAGGACAAGCGCCUGGCCAUGAAGGGGGGCGUCCCCGGGAAGUUCAAGCUUCCCAAAGAGUUCGGGCCCCCUGGCCCCUAUCCUCAGGGAGGUCCCGUCAGGAGACCCAGAGGGCCCACUCCGAUGCCCCGGGGGGACAAGGAGAUCUCGGUGGUGAGCACGGACUACGAGACCUACGCCAUCCUGGACGUGCAGCUGCACCGCGGAGCGGCCAGCAUCCGGGUCCUGAAGCUCUACAGCCGGGCCCUGGAGCAGGACAAGGAAGUCCUGGACAAGUUCCACCUGGUGGCCAAGGACUACGGGCUCUCCCCGAAGGACGUGCACCUGAACGCCUGGGACACGACCUGCGCCAGCCUGCUGCGGCCGAGCCAAGGUCGGGGGGCAGGCCUAGCCCCGAGGGCUGCCUGA